AUUCCUUUCAAAACUGACUUGUAACCUGCUGUUAGGUCACAUCACUAUAGAACACCAACAGCAUCAUCCAGAAGCUUGUGUGUGUGUGUGUUUGCAUGCAUGUAUGGGUGGGUGCAUUUGGAUAUAGGAGGAAGCAAAAGGUGCACAGCAUUUGUCCUUAGAGACAAUAUAAUCAGUAGUUAUAAGGGAGAAGAGGCAAUGAUCUGAUGGGGACAAUGGAGUUUCCAAAUGUUCAUAGUGCAGUUGCUCUACAAAUGCUUCUUGUAGUCCAAUCUGGGAAGAGACACACCACUGCUGUGCAGAAGCUGCGGGAAGACAAACAGGGGGGAAGCCUUGUCCUACAGCAAAACCAAGGGAAUGUUUUUCGCAAGCAACAAGUCAUUACAACCUGCUCACCUCAAGGAACCCAGGUGACAGUAGAAGUUCACAGUAGUAAUUCUACUCCACAGUUAUUCAAGAAGAUCUCCUCUGAGAAAGGUUUUCAAGUGAAUGAAAAAAGCAGGCACCACCCACCUGGACUGAAAGAUCAGCAUGCUUAUCCAUGGGACAAAUCAUGCUUGAAAUCUAUGCCUUUGGACCUGAAGCAAUUUGAAAAAUUGGAUGCAUAUGCAAAAAAGAUGAAUACCAAAAGCAGUGUGGAAGAGUUAGUGCAAAACUUGCUCCUUGUAGCACAUACUAACCUGGAGAAAGUUAGGGCCAUUUGGAUAUGGAUAUGCCACCACAUAGAAUAUGAUGUCGUAGGUUUCUUCAAUAAAGAGAAUCAGUCUUUCAAUCCCCAAGAUGUCCUACAGAGUGGAAAGAGCAUUUGUGAGGGAUACGCUCGCCUCUUUGAACAAAUGUGCAGAAUUGCAGGGGUACACUGCAUGAAUUUAUCUGGUUAUUCUAAAGGCUAUGGCUACAAAAUAGGACAGACCUUUGAAGGAGAGUACACCCAUGCCUGGAAUGCAGUUUACCUUGAUGGAAAGUGGCAUUUGGUGGACAGCACUUGGGGGAGCGGCUCAGUUGAUGGAUGUUGCAGCAAGUUUACCUUCAGAUACAAUGAAUUUUAUUUCCUCACCCACCCUGCACUCUUUAUUAAUAAUCAUUUCCCAGGCAACAACAACUGGCAGUUACUCAAACCAAUAGUGGCAUUAAAACAGUUUGAAAGUAACCUGCUAUACAAAAGUGACUUUUACAUGAUGGGAUUGCUGGUGGCCCAUCCAGAAACAUCUAUUAUUCAGACAGUAAAUGGAAAAGUCACAAUAGUAGUGGAGAGCCAUUCUCCGAUGCUGUUCAUGUCUGAACUGAAAAGGGCAAAAGAAUACAGCCUGAUGACUUUGAAGAGGAAUGGGAUGGAACUGGAACUGUACCCACAGAAAAUGGGGAGUCAUAAGCUCCAAAUCUAUGCCAAAUCACCUAAAGCCCCUGAAGAAAUUUACACGUGCAUCCUAGAAUACAACAUUGAGUGCAGUUCUAUAGACAGGAAUGUUUGUUUCCCAAAGGAACUCCAUCAACCAGUUGGGCCCAACUGGUUCACAAAAAAACAGGGGAUCCUCAGACCUUCACAAAAAGGUCCAGUUAUUCAUACUAAUGAUGGCUGCUGCAAUCUCAGCUUCAUCCUCAGUAAGGACUUGAACAUUUUAGCCUCACUGCACUCAGACAGCGUAAGCCUCAGUGAAGAUGAAGGAAGACGACAUAUCUUACAACAACGACAAGGAAACCAAAUAAACUUUAAGAUCCAUCUUCCACAUGCUGGGAAUUUUGCUUUCCACAUUUUUGCUAAGAAAAAGUCAGAUCCUGGUAACUAUAACUAUAUCUUUAAUUACCUCAUCUGUUGUCCAAACACUAAGGUCAAAUGGCCAAUGUUCCCCCAGAAUUAUAGUAACUGGGCAGAAAGCUAUGAAUUAGUGGAACCUCUGGCUGCACUUCUACCAGCCAACUGCAACGUUAAGUUCAAACUUAAGCUUCACAGCAUUGCCAAAGCAUUUGUUCAAUGUGAAAAACUUUGUCCCUUGUCUCUUAGUAAGGAUGGCUACUGGGAGGGAUCCUGCAGUACUUCCGGCUGCAGAGAGAUAUAUGUGACGGUGCUGGAGAAUGCAAACCACAAAUUUUACUCACAUAUUUUGAAAUAUGAAGUAGAAUCCCAGUAAUAGGCUAUUUGAACUUUUCCCAUCUGCCCACAUGCACAAUAUAUGAUUUCACUAUAAACCAUUUCACUCUGAAUUAUUUAUUUCAUGCUGUUGGAUGACAAUACUCAUGCUAUUGAAGCAGCAGCAAAAUAAUUUAACUUGAUCAACCCCCAUCCCUUGAGAUUUUUCACUGAUAUUAUAUGAUGCAUGCGGUUUAUACAAAAUGUAACUUACUCAUUAAAAACCAAGAAAAAGUUUUCCAUAAAUAAUUUCAACACUACAAAAUUAUUUAGAUUCCUAGCAUAUAAAGAAGCAAUUUUACACAUCUGCCCACCCAUGUUGCCAUAAUUUUGAGAUAUGACUACUGAUUUGGAAAGGAUAUGUUCAACAUUAUCAAGUAUAAUAAAAGAGGACUAUAGAAUUCAUGUUGGGUCAAAAAGAGAAAAAGACCCAUUUUUUUGACUGUCAAUACAAAAGUAACUACAGAAUUGGAAGAAACAUGAAGAAAUAUGCUUUUACAAGACUAUAAUGUAAGCUUUCUUGUGUGCACAUCAUUGUCUUACAAAUAUAAAAUACUGAAAAGUUUUAUACUAGGCCUUAAAUGCAGGGGUGAAAUCCAGCAGGUUCUAACAGGUUCUGGAGAACCGGUAGUGGAAAUUUUGAGCAGUUUGGAGAACUGGCAAAUACCACCUCUGGCUGGGCCCAGGGUGGGGGUAGGAAUGGGGAUUUUUCAGUAUCCUUCCCCUGGAGUGGGGUGGGAAUGGAGAUUUUACAGUAUCCUUCCCCUGGAAUGGGAUGGGAAUGGAGAUUUUGCAGUAUCCUUCCCCUGCCAAACCCCCCAAACCACACCCACCAAGCCAUACCAUGCCCACCAAGCCACACCGACAGAACCGAUAGUAAAAAAAAAUUGGAUUUCAUCACUGCUUAAAUGCAAUUAAAUGCUCAUUUUUAUUCACUGGGUUAGAGCACCUAGUGAACGUUUUUUAAUAAGAAUCACUAAUCUCUAUGUAAUUUAUAUAAAAAAUUAUUUACUUUGGGAAAUGCUACUUCAUGAACUACACAUUGAAAUAUCUCAGGAUAACAUAAGACAAACUAGAUCAGGAAUUCCCAAACUGUGGGCCGUGAGGGAACUGCAACUGGGCUAUAGAAAUGUACAUGUGCAUUCUCAUGUGCACGAGCAGCAGCAGGCGCGCAUGCACCCUGCUUACUCCAAUGUGCGCAUGCACAUGUGAGCUUACCAGCCACUUACACGAACCAUCCUGUUUCAUCCUCCCUAGUCCGCAAAGCCGGAAAUGCUGGGGAACUCUGAACUAGAUUACUACAUAAUUAAAUACAAUAAGUUAUUAUUGCUCUCUUUAUAUAGAAAGAGAUUUUUAAUCUAUGGUUUUGCUGGGGGCUGGCGACCCCCAGGGGGAAAGCCUUCUCUGUGCAAGCACCUACCCUCUGGAAUGAGCUUCCUCUGUGGGCUACGAUUACUCCCCGACCUCCGGACCUUCCGCCGUGAACUCAAGACUUUUCUGUUCCACCGUGCAGGGCUGGCCUGAUACAUUAUGGUUUUAAUUGGGGUUUUUAUUACGUUUAUUAUAGUUUUUAAAUGGGGUUAGCCUAAUGGAAUGAGAUUUUUAAAUUGCUUUUAAUUCUAUUUAUAAUUUGUUUUAUGUUGGCUGUAAACCGCCCUGAGUCCUUCGGGAGAAGGGCGGUAUAAAAAUCAAAUAAAUAAUAAUGAUGAUGAUGAUGAUGAUGAUGAUGAUGAUGAUGAUGAUGAUGAUGAUGAUGUAGUUCACAUUCUACAGAUUCAGGGACAGAGCAGAUGAUCAUUGCCAUGAAAAAUACCAUCAUUGUUUUCAAACCAGUUCUCACUACUAAUUUAACAAGGAUUUCCUGACCUGACAUUCUUCCUUCAAUUUGAACAAUUUGAAAAGCAAAGAAUUUGUGCUAUGUAGAAAUUUUGGGGGUUAUCUUAAAACACAUUUGGAAGACACCAGGUCAGGAAAGGAUUUUUUAAAAACUAUAAUGCUUGGUGUAUAAUCACAGAAAGUAGUCCAGGGAAACAGCAGCCUAACUUUGAAGAGUAAUAAAACCCUAUGUAGAAAACAACAAAUACAAUUUGAAAUGCAUUAGAUGAGGAUGACAGUAUUCAAAAUAGGCAACAUUCAUCUAUCAAAGUCUUAAUUUAAAAAAAAAUACUUCAAAAAAUUCCUACAGAAAAUCAUUCCAGAGGGGUUCAUUUUGAAGGUUUUGAUUCUUUGCCAAUGUUCUUGUUGUGUAAGCGAAGUAGGGAAAGCAUAUAAAGAAUUCCUAGAAUUCUUUCCAUCCCCAUUAACAAUGGGGACCACAGGAGCUGCUCCUUUUUUUUAUCCUGUGAAAGAGGAAGCAUAGAAAAGGUUGUUUAUGAGCUGCUGAGUCACAUGACCCACUGCCCAAUUCCUCUAUCAUUAGGGUUCACAAGGAAUAUUUUCUGGAUUUUUGUUUCUUAUAUAGCCCCCAGUCAUAUCCUGGCAGUGUGUGUUUGUACGCCUCUGAGACAGUCUUGAUUCUUGGCAAUUGCUUAAGCAUGUCCCUACAGUUUUCUUUGCAAAGAUUUUAGAAAUGGUUUGCCAUUACCUGGUUCCUAGGGCUGAAUGUGUGUGAGAGACUGGUCCAGGGUCAUCCAGCUAACUUUGUGCCUAAGGUGUAACUAUAACUCAGUCUCCCAUUUUCUUAACUACUGAACAAAAUGUCUCUCUUAGCUAUAUCUAGCCUUCUUUGUAUCACUUCUUGCCAAUAUUCCACUGGACUGAAUAGAAGAAAAAAAGGGCUGGGUUGUGUGGGGCCCAAGGUUAUCUAAUCUCCUAUUCUAAUUGUGACAAUAUGCUCAAAUCAGUUGUGAUGCAUGAAACAUCUUAAAACAGCUAGGAUUAUUAUUAUGUAUUCUUUCCUUUAUUUUUUUUAUGCAUGUCUUGAGAGGAAAACUGCAAAUACUGUUGUUUGCCAAUGUAGGAUUGGAAACAAAUUCUAAUUGUUACAUAAAGGCAGGACCAGAAGCAGUGGAUGGAAACCUAACAAGGAGAGUAUCAACCUAGAACUAAGGAGAAAUUUUCUGACAGAACAAUUAAUCAGCGAAACAAGAAGUUGUGAGUGCUUUAAAACUGGAGGUUUUUAAGAAGAGACUGGACAAGAAUUUGCCUGAAAUUGUAUAGGGUUUCCUGCCUGAGCAGGGGGUUGGACUAGAAGACCUCCAAGGUCCAUUCC